AUUUCCGUCCUCCUCCUCGUACAAUGCUUGCAUCACUACGCAAAGUCAGCGGUAGAGCUGCUCGUCGAGCUGUGUCUGCAGGUCAGAAACGGUUCCUCUCCAUUCAUGAAUACCAAUCGGUCAACCUCCUCAACUCAUUUGGGAUUGCAACCCCGAAGAGCGUGGCAGCCAAAUCACCAGAAGAGGCAUUCGAGGUGGCGAAGAACUUCGGCACCAAGGACCUCGUAAUCAAAGCUCAAGUCCUCGCUGGUGGUCGUGGAAAGGGUAAAUUCGACAAUGGACUGCAGGGUGGUGUCCACAUCAUCAACAGCCCCGAACAAGCCAAGGACCUCGCAGGCAAAAUGAUCGGUUCAAAACUCAUUACGAAGCAGACGGGCGAGAAAGGUCGGAUAUGCAACGCUGUGAUGCUCGCCGAGCGCCGCGACGCCGCACACGAAUACUACAUCGCAGUCCUAAAUGACCGUGCCUCACAGGGGCCCGUCCUCGUCGCCUCUAACCAGGGAGGUAUGAACAUCGAGGAAGUCGCGGCGAAGGACCCGAACGCUAUUAUCACCACGCCGAUUGACUAUGCGAAGGGACUGAGUGACGAGGAAGCGUUGGGUGUUGCUAAGAAACUUGGGUUUAAGAGCGAGCAGGCGGAGAAGGAGGCUGCGAAGACGUUCCAGAAUUUGUAUAAGAUCUUUAAGCAGAAGGACGCGACGCAGAUUGAGAUUAACCCGUUGGGUGAGACUGCGGACGGACAUAUUCUCUGCAUGGACGCAAAGUUCGGCUUCGACGACAACGCAUCCUUCCGCCAACAAGACAUCUACGCACUCCGUGAUAUCAGCCAAGAAGAACCAUCCGAAGUUGAAGCACAGAAACACGACUUGAACUUCAUCAAGCUUGAUGGUAACGUGGGCUGUCUCGUUAACGGUGCUGGUCUUGCAAUGGCUACUAUGGACGUGCUCAGCCUUCACGGUGGACAACCUGCUAACUUCCUUGAUGUUGGAGGAGGAGCUACACCUGAAACUGUGAAGAAAGCGUUCGAGAUCCUGCUCGCUGACCCUGCCGUCAAGAGUAUCUUCAUAAAUAUUUUCGGAGGUAUCAUGCGUUGCGACUACAUCGCCGAAGGCGUUAUCAAAGCGACCAAGGACCUCGCUCUCAACGUCCCUCUGAUUGUCCGAUUGAAGGGUACGAAGGAAGCUGAGGCUAAGCAACUCAUCAAAGACUCCGGUCUCAAGAUCUUCGCCUUUGAUGGAUUAGACGAGGCAGCGGAACAAGCCGUCCAAGCUGCCCACGCUUAGCUUACACAUUCUCUGUAUACGUUCCGUAUAAAUUUCGCGUAAUUUACUAGACGAGCUUUUUUCUUUCUC